CGGGCGCGCCCCGGGGGUUCAGGUGGGAGCGACGUUGGUCCCGCCGGGCCUAGGUUACCUCAGCGCGGGGGCGUCCACGAACUCGAGACCUUGAACCGACGCGGAUCUCUCUGAAAAUCGAAAGUAGUCAUUUUAGAGCGAGACGUGGGAGACUCACUUAAAGAAUGACUUCUUUUCAAGCCUUCUUUCUCUUCGUGAAGUACCAGGGAUGAAAGAUGAAUGAAGACCUUUCUUGCCUUUAGAGAGUCUGGUCGUCGGGGACACGUCGGUUAACAUUUGUGCUGUAGUGCGGUAAUGCGAUAGGGGUGUGAAGAAAUGCAGUAGCUAGAAAGUCGUGAAAGAGAAAUCUCAAUAGAUGUAGCAAAAUGAAAAAUGAAUCGACUGAAAACGUAAAGUAGGUUUAGGAAGGAUGUAGAAGUACACAAACACACAAUAGAAUAUUAAGUAGAAGCUUCGGACGAACCUCCUGCCAGUUGCUUAUUCUCUGUUGCAUUAAGAGUGGUCUUUCCCUCUAAAAAUGGAGCCCCUUCCCCACUUUGGACUCCCAGCCUACAUACCCCUCACCCCCAACCCAAGCCCAUCAUGAAAUUAAAUAGUACUCAUUCUCUAGUCUGGUAUAAGCCUCUUCUUCUUCUUUUUUUAAAUUUUUAUUCAUUUUUGAGAGAGAGCUUAAGUGGGGGAGGGGCAGAGAGAGAAGGGGACAGAGGAUCCCAAGCAGGCUCUGUGCUGACAGCAGCGCCCAAAAAGGGGCUCCAGUUCAUGAACCAUGGGAUCAUGACAUGAGCUGAAGUCAGACGCUCCACCGACUGAGCCACCCAGGCGCCCAAACCUUUUUCAUGAGUAGUUGAACCUAUGUUAACCUUUCUCUCAUUUUGACUUUCUGUGUUUCUCAUCUGUACCUUAUCUUUUGGGAGGCAGACUUUGGCCAGCCGUCUAACCUCUUACAUCUUCAGUGUUGUCUUUGAAAAGUAAGGGGAGUAAUACUCCCUAUACAUAAUUGUAUGUGUGUGUUCAGAGGCUUUCUAAAUGGUAAAGCCUACACAAGUUAAAAGUCUUUUCGUUAAUUAUAAUGAUAUAUAUGUCACUCUGUUGUUUUCAACAUGUGACACAUGGUCACAUCCAAGCCACCAGUAAGUCUUUUGGUUUUACCUCCAAAAUAUGUCUCGACUCUUUCUGCAUCUUUGCCACCAUCUUGAUCAUCUCCUGCUUGGACCACUGUUAAGUGCUGCUUCCCUUCUUUUUUUCUCUAACCUAUUCUCUGUUGACAUACGCCAGGCAAAAUGACCUUUUACGCCAGGCAAUGUAAAAACAUAUAGCUCCCUGCUAAAAUAAGAAGAUUAAGCCAUAAUUCUUAGUGUGGCCCAUUUCCUGGAUAAUCUGGUUCUGCCUGCCUCUGUCACUUCUUCUCGUGCGGCUUUGUCCCUCACUUAACUUUGCCAAAGCUUCACUCCCAUCGCCUUAUUCUCAGACAUGUGGAGUAAUUUCUGACCUCAAGUCUGGUGCCUGGAAAAAUCUCUGAAUGACUGGCUCAUACUCAUCAGUGGGUCUCAGCCUAAGUGUCAUCUCUUCAGAAGAGCCUUCUUUAAGUUAUUCAUCCCCCAUUAACAGACCACCCUACACAUUUCCUUUCUAGAAGUUAUCUCCAUUUAAUUUUAACUUAUUUGCUUGUAUUUGUUUUUUUCUGUCUGUUGUACUAGUAUAUGAGUUUCAAAGGGCAGGUGCCUUGUUUGUCUUGUUCUGUAUUAUAUUUCUAGUUUCUGCAGGCCUGGCACAUAUAUUUGUUGAGCGUGUUAAUUCUUACAGUGUUGGAAGAGUAGGCCCUGGUGACUCAUCUAAUUAUAACCUAUUUUAUAUUUUCUGAUUUUAGUGUUAUCUCCCUAAUGAGAUCCUACAAUGUUUGUGGGUAUAAAGUAAACUCUUUACAUUUUUCUUCACAUACUAGGUGGUUAGCAAAUACUUAACUGAAUUGAAUUGGCAUGAUUUUCAGGAUAUAUGUUUGGUCUUUUGUUCUGCUUCACAGAAACUAAUUAUGCUCUCCAGAAUAUCCAUUGAUGUAGACAAAGAACUGUGAUGGACUGACCUUUCCUUGUCUCACUUAUGCUGCCAUUAUUGUUUGUCUGGUCUUCCCAAUAGACCCUCAGUCUUCUGGGAGGAGUGUGAAGAUGCUAAAGGAGCGUCCAGGGAUGGCAGAAGACCCCCAGCAACAGAUGGGUGUUCCUGUGGUAAAGCUGGAGAAAGAGUUGCCAUGGGCCAGGGGAAGGGAGGACCCUAGUCCUGAGACUUUUCGUCUGAGGUUUCGGCAGUUCCGCUACCAGGAGGCAGCUGGUCCUCAGGAAGCCCUCAGGGAACUCCAGGAACUCUGUCGCCAGUGGCUGAGGCCUGAGCUGCAUACCAAGGAGCAGAUCAUGGAGCUGCUGGUGCUGGAGCAGUUCCUGACCAUCCUGCCACGGGAGUUCUAUGCCUGGAUUCGGGAGCAUGGCUUGGAGAGUGGCAAGGCUCUUGUGGCCAUGGUGGAGGACUUCACAGAGAGAACGUUGGAGGCCAAGGCGGUGGCUCUGCCAGUUCUUCAGGCUGGUUCUGGCCUCCCUCCAGUGAACACCAGAGACCAAGAGAUGGCAGCUGGGUUCCUUUCAGCUGGACCCCAGGGGUUGGGGCCAUUUAAAGAUAUGACUCUGGCCUUCCCUGAGGAGGAAUGGAGACAUGUGACUCCAGCCCAGAUAGACUGUUUUGGGGAAUAUGUGGAACCCCAGGACUGUGGGGUCUCACCUCCAGGCAUUGGGAGCAAGGAAAAGGAGUCUAAAACCCAGCAGGCAGACCUCAAGGGGGCGCUUGCUCGGGUGACGGCAGAGAGGUUUGGGGAAGCCACACUCCAGAGCCCUGAGCUUGGAAGAACCUGUGAGCAGGAGCCCAGUAGCUCUGUGGGAAACAUGCCAGGGCCGCCUCCUCCUCAGCAUGGUGUCAUACCCCUGCCCGAUGACCUCAAGACCCACAGCUCCUUUUGGAAGCCUUUUCAGUGCCCCGAGUGUGGAAAAGGCUUCAGUCGGAGCUCAAAUCUUGUCAGACACCAGCGAACCCAUGAAGAAGAGAAAUCCUAUGGGUGUGUCGAGUGUGGGAAGGGGUUCACCUUGAGAGAGUACCUCAUGAAGCACCAGAGAACCCACCUGGGAAAGAGACCCUAUGUGUGCAGUGAGUGCUGGAAAACGUUCAGUCAGAGGCACCACCUCGAGGUCCACCAGAGGAGUCACACAGGGGAGAAGCCUUACAAGUGUGGUGACUGCUGGAAAAGCUUUAGCCGGAGGCAGCAUCUGCAGGUGCAUCGGAGAACUCACACAGGGGAGAAGCCCUACACUUGUGAGUGCGGCAAGAGCUUCAGCAGGAACGCAAACCUGGCUGUGCACCGGCGAGCCCACACCGGGGAGAAGCCGUAUGGGUGCCAGGUGUGUGGGAAGCGGUUCAGUAAAGGGGAGCGAUUGGUCAGACACCAGAGGAUCCACACUGGGGAGAAGCCCUACCACUGUCCAGCCUGCGGGAGGAGCUUCAACCAGAGGUCCAUCCUCAAUCGGCAUCAGAAAACUCAGCAUCGCCAGGAGACCCUGGCACAGUAAGGAUGCACCUUUUUUAUGAAAGGAAGGUGCUGGAAGGUGUAGGACCUUUCAGGAUCGCCAAGUGGAGGGAGAUCCCAUCGGAGGAUGCAUUCGUCUUUCCUCACUGAAGGGCUUUGAGGAGGGAGUGGUAGAGUGAUAGGGUGCAGAAAGGCACUUUGACCCAUUUUCUUUCCAUUUGUUGUCAAACAAGCAAGGCAAUGCCUGAUUUAUUUUGAGUUUCCAGAGAGCACAGCUCCUCACGUCUCUUAUCCAAGUGGUGCAACUGUUUUUUACUGUCUUUUGGGAAAUUAUAUCCUGAACUUCAGGUUGAAGUUUUUCUCCUUCAUUGGGAUGUCAUGUACGCCUCUCGAGCAAGUCUGACAAAGUUUUGUCCCAUGUUGGCAAGUUACACCUCAUUGUGAUGAGGGCUGUAUCGACCUGCAAAAUCGUUAGUUCAGACUCUGCCUCUGUUCUUUUCCAUUAAACAAGUAUUUAUUGAACAGCUACUGUGUCUGGUGCUGGGAGCACAGUGGUGAAUGAGGCACAUGAGCUGUGAGCCUCCCGGAACUGGUGAUUUAACAGUGGGAACACACACAGAACCAUUAAUAGCUCCAGACAUUCUAAGUUAUGUUUGUGGUACGUGCUGUUUGAGAGGGUAGUCUUCUGGUGCUCACUCGUUCUGCCCUGCCACUCAGGUGCUGGAUCUUCCCCUCCCUAGUUAGGAUCUCUCAGGCAGCCUUGUUUAUUUUACUUUAUUUCUACCCCCUUUGUCUCUGUAACAGCAUACCCUCAUUUGUAUAGUUUCCCCAUUAUUCCUUGUACUGUAACAACUAUCCACCCAUCCAAUAGGAAAUUAAUAUUUUGCUAUUGAUUACCGAAUAAACAUGAAAGUAUUUUAAAAA